UUUUAGUUCUUUUUGGAAAUUUGCAAAAGCAGAAAGUUCAAAUCCUGGCCUCAAAUAUUCAUGUUUAUUGUGCUUUUGGUUGUAACAAUGAAAUCCUUUGGCUGGUUUAAUACCACAGCGACAGCAACUGCAACAAUGAUGGCGCUAGCAACAUCCAGUCAUGCAAAUCCUGAUGUUAUCAACGCUUUAUCUAUUGAUAACAAUGGACACCUUAAGGACAGAAUAAAUGACAAGAACAAAAUAACAGUUAUAUUCGACAUGCAUUUACAUUUUAAUGAGAUCGAGAAUAUCGCAAGAAUGUACUGA